UUUUUCUUCGUAGGCUGCGUUAUGACAUAAACUCCCACUUGGCCGGUGUAACUUUUUGUUUAUCUUUUUAUAUUCGCCAAAGGCAGCAACAGCUGCUGCUUCUCAGCUUACUUUGGCUAAGCUGCGUGCCUCACCUGUGACUCCAAUCAGUUUAAUUCCAAUCGUUGUCUUGGAUUGGUCGACGUUACGUUGCGCCGACUUCGUCGUGGCUUAACUAUUCGAUAACACUUCGUUAAAGUUUGGUCGUUUUAUAUUUUACUUUGAUUUGUUUUCGGAAAAGAAUUUAUUGUUUCUUGGCCCUUGGGUCUUCCCCGACGACACACUUUUUGGAUAAAGACCGUUUGACAUCAAUUUGGAUACAAAUAAGAUGCGCGAGAGAACUGCACGCACAAUGCAAAGGCGUCGAGGCCCCAAGCUUCCUCUGCCAGUGGAGACUUCAGAUUCCACUUAUUAUUCUAUUGACACAACUGAAGAUAUCUAUGGCACAAAUAUUUUGCCAUCGCAAAGGUGCUACGUGGAUCCCUGGGAUUUAGAGAACUAUGACUACGUCCGCAAGAAGAUAGAUGCAACCCCACAAAGUACGUCCAUUUAUGAUACAUCGAUGUCUCCAAGUCCAGCUGGAGAACCAGUACCAACACAGUAUUUUUACAUGCCGAAAAGAGGUGAGUUGGACUGUGGAGACUGUUUUAGCAAGAUGGACGAAGGAGGGCUCUUUAACACAGUUAAAUAUGAUGACUAUCCUGGAAGAGACUCAAGGAUGUACAAUACUUAUGGUGACUUUGGCAGCUCUUCCCCCUCAUCGGAGAGGAACAGCAGCUGCGGAGAAGAGAGUGUUGCCACUCUAAGACGUAAUGCUAAGGCUGGAUUUGGUGCUAUUCCCCGAAGGCGGGGCAUGUCACUACCGAAACCUGAACCAACAGUCGAUUAUCCUUCAGCCCCUUAUGAUUACUGCAGUCCAUAUGGAGAGACUCCAUAUGCAUCUGUUUGCAGUGUCCCAGAUUGCUAUGAAUGCUUGGCCCAGAACCACAAUGCACUUCUCUACUCCAGCCCUCCAUCGAUCUAUGAGAGUUCUUUUUAUGGAAGCACUUUGAGUCGAAGAUCUGAAUCAUUAUACAGUAACACGUAUGGCAAUAAGUUUGGAUUGAGUAAAAAAGGUCUGCUGCAAAUCGACUACUCUUGCAGUUGGAAUGACCUGGAUCGUAUUAUAGGGAGAAGCUUUUAAAAAUGAGUUUUGUUUUCGUAUUUAUGUAUGUAUUUUUUUGUUAUUAUGUUAAAGGGGACCUAUGUAUUUAUUAAUACAUUAGAAAAACAGAAUAAAAUAUUUUUUCUUUAAAAAAUUA